AUGUCGUAUGUACACAAACGAGAUCGAGUAUUUUAUCCGGCUGGCGAUGCUGCACAAAAUAGUCCACGACCAAGGACAAACAAUACACAAUUAGGACAGUUAAUACCAAUCCAUGUGCUACUUGAAACUUUAAUUACGAGUCAAACUACCGAAAUUGAUAAAUUAAAACAACAAAAUAAUUUUUUGAAAGAAAAACUUCAAUUGUAUGAUAAUUUGCAGUUAACAGAAACACAAAACGCUGAAAUUGAUGUGGCUUUGAACCAUCUUAACAAAAAAGAGUAUAUUAAUUCAGAAAGCAAUCUAUCUGAUUUAGAAGAAAAAUGUAAUAUCUCUGAUCUAGAAAAGUAUUGUGUUCAACUUAGCGAUAAGUUCCAAAAUUAUAUUGAUUCUUCAGACGAUUCAUCAACUUUCUGUCAAGAGAAUUUAAAUUGUUACAUAACUGACGAACAAAGUGUUUUAAAACCUUUACCUAUCGAUAUUGAAGAAAUAAUUAUUGAAAAAGAAUCGUUAAUAAUUGCAUUAGAACAUAGAAUUGCAGCAUUGCAAUUAGAAAUGGAGGACGGAUUUAUGCAUUCGGUAAAAGAAUUAGAAUCAUUAAAUAAAGAAAUAUCACAAAAAGAUAUACUCUUAAGAGAGGUAACAUCAUGUCAAGAUAUUAUAAAAAAAUUACAAAAUGAUUUAAAUAAUUCACAAAUUAAUCAAGCACAUGAAAAACAAAUUAUUAAAGAAGAGAUGGAUUCAUUAAAACAAUAUUGUAAUACUAUAUUAGAUAAACAAAAAUAUUAUGACGAAAUAUUACACGAACAGGACGAAUACAAUCGUAUUAAACAUGAAUUAGAUUAUCAACGUGAUAUACACGAUAAAUAUAAAAAAGUUUUGAGCGAAUGUGAUUUGUUACGUAUUCAAGUUUCUGAGUAUAAUUCACUGAAAGAUGAACUUAAUAGUUUACGUUUUCGAGCUAAGGAAGCCGAUUGUUUACGUUUAGAACGUGAUCAGUUACAAUGUCGAAUUGAAAAUUUAACAGCAAUUGAAUGUGAAUAUUUACAAUUAGUUGAUAAAACUAAUAAUUUUGAUACAAUUAAAUUGGAACGGGAUAUAUAUAAAACGAAAAUGAAUGAGCUUUUAGCAACAAAUCAUAAAAAAGAUUUAACCAUUUCACAACUGCAAUUAGAAUGUAAACAAUUAACGAUACAGUUGGAGUAUAUGGCUAAAGAGCAGGAUUCACAACAAAAACGAACGAUAGAUGCAUUUAAUGAAUUACGUGAAGAAAUUAUUAAAAAAAAUAAAAAAAUUGCAUUCUACGAAGAACAAUUGCUUGAAUUUGAUCACAUCAAAGAAGAAAUGCACGAUUUACAAAAUCAAAUUGCAUGUACAAUUGAAAGUGCUGAAAUAGAGCAUACAAUUGACACUGAACAUGAAGAGAAAUGCGAUAAACAUUUUGAACAAGUACAAAAUGAAUAUUUAAAACUACUUGAUGAAUUAAAUGAAAAAAACGUACAAUUAGAACAUACUAAAAAUGCAUUAAUCAAACGUAUCAAAAAUUUAGAAUAUCAAAACAGUGGACAAAUUAUACAAAAUUAUUUAGAUGACUUAAAAAAUCUAUCACAAAAACAAUUGUUGUUACAACAAUCAUAUCUUGAAUAUGAAAUUUCAUUACAAUUUCUGUUUGGGAAAAUUCAUCCACAACAAGAAUUAUAUAUAACUGAAAAAGAAUCGAAUCAAUUUGUUGAUUUAUUAAAUAAAUCUAUUCAUAUAAUUUAUGUCAAACGUAAAAAUUCCUCAUCGAAUUCAUCAUCAACCGGAUUAACAUGUGGAGCUCAACUUCCAGCUGCAUCAUCUAGUUCCAAUUUUGAUUUUUAUAAUAUAUUGGAUGUGAUUAAUAAACACGAGCAAUCAAAUAAUGAAUUCAAGGAAUUACUAGAACGAAUUAUAAUUUUGGAAGACAAAUUUAACAUAAAAAAUAACGAAAACACUGAAAUUGAAAAAUGUACGCUACGUUCAAAUAAUCAGUUGAAUUAUGAAAUUAAAGAAUUAAUAGAACGAGUGAGAAUAUUGGAGUAUAAAAGUUCUUGUGUUAACGAACAAUUAACAUCGAAUAUUUCUGACAUUGAAAAGGCUAACUAUGAUGAAAUUGAAUUGAAUAAUGAAAUUAAAAUAUUAAAUGACCGUGAAAAAAUUAAAGAAGAUGAAACGGAGAAUCUUUUAACACAAUUAGAAAAUCAAAUAGUUGUACUAAAGAAAAAUUCAAUAACAAAUUUAAAUCGAUGUCAACUAAAUGAUAAAGGGACAAAUAUACAACUAUCAGUCAAUCGCCGUCAAUCAUGCGAUAAAGGUGCAAAUGUUCAAUUCGAUUACAAGAAAUAUAUUGUAGAAUUACGAGAAUUACAAAAUAUCAUUGAAAGAGUGAAAGAUGAUUUUUUAACAUCAGAAAUUAUACCUCUACAUGUAAUAAACACUGCUGAAAAUAUUGAAUCGAUUUUUGAAAAAAUUAAUCAAUUAUCGUCAUUUAACAAUUUAGAAACAUUUGAACCAAUUCUUUGUAAUAUUUUAAAAGUAUUAGAAUAUAUUGACUCAUUAGAAACUAAACUAACUAAAAUACGUGACCAAAAUCGAAAGAAAACACAAUUGAUUAAACAUUCGAAAUCGUUAAACGAUAUAGAAGUUCUAUACAUGUCAAGCAUACCAACAAAACCUAAUUCCGAAAAUUUUCAUCAGAUGCUAAUCGCAAACCAAAAUGAUGAAUUAAAAUAUUCAAAACAAUGGUUUUUUGAUGAAAAAUCAACCCUCACUGAUGAAAUUGUUAAAGAUAUUUCGAAUGAUGAAGUUCAAACAGCUGAUCCGCAAUUUGAUGAAAAAAUGAUUGGAACUGAAAUCACAUACACAGACAAGAGCUUACAGUUUUUUAAUCCAAUUAUCAUUAUUGACAAAGAAGUUGAAACUAUUGAAAGUGGUAUAAUGGGACCUAGAAAAUCAUCUACUACUAGUUUACCAGAUUCCUAUCGUAGAAAUAUUAAAAAUGCUGAGCAGCAAACUACUACAUCCUUAAUGGGAACGUCCUUUGUUGAUGCGAUGACAGGUGUAUCUGAAGUUAUUUUACCGAUACACUCUGCAGUUCAAACUUCAACAAUUCAAACAGUUGAUAAAAUUCAGCAAACUGAAGAGAAUUUAACAAUCGAAAAACGUGUCUAUGCUGAACUGAAUAUACAAAAGUUAAAAGAAAUAUCUGUAGAAAAUAUUGGAUCGUUAAAAUCACAAUACCAUCGAGAUCUUCAUAAUAUAAUGGCCAAGCAUAAUAACAGCGUUGCACGACUUCAACAAAUGCAUGAAGACACUUUAGCCGAAUGUGUAAGAGAGCAUGAACGAGAAAAUGAUAAUUUACGUGAAUAUAUAAAAGAAUUAAGAACAAAGUUAACGAAGUAUGAAAUUUCAGCUGAACAAGAAAAAAUUGAUGAAUCGGAAAAAAGACUUUUAAGUAACAAAGAUACUCAACGAAUAGUUUCUUCACCUAAUUUAGCAGCUAUUGUGGAUAAAAUUUUGUAUGAAGGCAUAGAGCAAUUAACGAUUCAAGAACUUACGUUAUUGCAUGCAAGAACAUGUAAAGUUAAUAAAAGGAAAAUGACGAAUGAAAAUGGUUCAAGUAAUAAGGAUAAAUAUUUGACACAGUUACAAAUUUUAGAACAAGAAAUAAUGCGAAAACAGAAUAACGCCAUUGAAGAAUUAAAGAAUUUAGAACAUUCAAUGCUUAACGAAAAAGAAGAUUUGAAUGAAUUGAAAAUUAUGACACAAUCAAAUAGACGAUCGUUAUCUGAACAUCGAAAUAACAACAAUGAACAGAAAAACAGUUCAUUAAAUUCUACACGUUCUUUGCAAGUCCAUAAUAGUAAUUUACCUAAUAAAGUGACACUGAAAAGAGAAGGCAGAAAACCAAAAAAACUACAUAAUCAAUUAAUGACACGUGAGAGUUUACAAAAUUCUGCAAUAAGGAAAAAAAGAAAAACUUAA